AUGUGCUGUAUUCUGGCAACUGCGAGCUCAGGAGACUCAAGUGAAAGUACAGGAUCUGAUCAUCCUACAGAGGACAAACCCAGGUCUCCUACAGAAGGAAAAGCAGUGGCUGAACAUGCUAAGCUUGAUGAAGGUGCUAAAUCUGGUGUUAGUGAAGAAGUUUUAGCCCCAUUACAAAACAUCCCUACACCAGAAUUAUUUUCACUCAAAAACCGAACUAUAAUCGUGACAGGUGCCGGUAGAGGUUUAGGUCUCACUUUAGCUCACGGUUUUAUCGAAUCAGGUGCCCAUGUCCGAGCUAUCGAUAUAUUAUCAAAACCGACUGAACCUUAUUGGUCAACAGCAUCUUCAUUAGCCUCUUCAAAAGGUCUUACAUUAGAAUAUCAUAAUCUCGAUAUAACUUCAGAAUCAUCAACAUCAAAAACAUUUUCUAAAUUAUUCUCUUCAGCUCCUUCCAACGCACCGAUAAGAGGAUUAUAUAUAUCAGCAGGUAUAAAUCAUUUUCUUCCCGCAGAAGAAUUUUCAGCCGAACAAUUUAGAAGAGUUAUAGAUAUAAAUCUUACUGGAACAUUUAUAAGUGCUCAAGCUUUUGCUAAAGAAUGGUUUAAGAAAUAUGGUGAUAAAGGUGAAAUAUUAAAAGCAGGGGAAGGUGCUAGUAUUGUUUUUACGGGAAGUAUGAGUGGACAUAUAGCCAAUGCUGGUUUAAUGUGUGCUCCUUAUGGUGCUAGUAAAGCUGGGGUAAAUCAAUUGGUAAGGAAUUUAGCUAUGGAAUGGAGUAAGAAAGGGAUUAGAGUCAAUAUUCAAACCACUUUGAACAACGCCGUUCUUGCAGAACACCCAGAGUAUACAGAUCUAUGGGUCUCUCAAUCCCUCCUGGGGAGAUUAUCAACAGCGGAUGAGUUUAGAGGCCCAGCAACUUUCCUCCUAUCAGACGCAAGUUCAUUCAUGACUGGUGCGGAUAUCAUAAGCGAUGGUGGUCAUACUGCCACCUAG